GACCGAAGCUUUUCUGCUCGCUGUCUGUUUCGUUUUGGGACACACGUUUGGAGGGCUACGGCACUGUUGGCCAGCAGAAAAAUUGUAAUUUUGGUUGUGCAAAACACUGCUUCCACCCGUCCCACCGAUACACAGUCCGGACGUUCCAGCUCCAGCAAGGUGGUACAGCCGCCCGCUUCCCGUUUACUGUGAUAGAGCUUCUCGACGCGAGCUUGUUUUCAUCCGACGCCAGUGCAAAUUCGCAACCAUGCCUCGAGGAAAGUACGUUAAUCACAAGGGGCGCAAUCGCAACUUCACCAACCCGGAGGAGCUAGAAGCGCAGCGCAAGAAGGACGAGGAGGAGAAGAAAUGGCGCAAGACGCGGGAACAGGACUCGGACGAGGAUGAGGACGAGGACGGUGAUGGGGAGGAAAACGACUCUGACGAGUCGGAAUCGGAGGAGGAGGAAAAUGCCAAGGGUGCGGCGGGUGUGAUACAGAUACAGAACCCGAACCGGGUGGCGAAAAAGUCCCACCGGAAGGUGGAGGAGGUGGCCGAGGACGAUGAACCGCAGCUGACCCGCCGGGAGAAGGAGGAGCUGGAGAAGCAGCGGGCCGCGGCCGCCUACCAGAAGCGUCAUGCCGAGGGCAAAACGGCCCAGGCGAAGGCGGAUCUCGCCCGGUUGGCCAUCAUCAAGCAGCACCGUGCGGAGGCGGCCGCAAGGCGCGAGGCUGAGAAGAAAGAGAAGGAAGCCAAAAUGAAGAGCGGCGCAUCAUAGGCGCUUAUCAUCGCCGCGUAGCUGUGCAGCUGUAGGUUAACGAGACGUACGAUUCAAUUCAAAACACGUGUGUAAUUUUGGGGUCGCGAUUCUGUUCAUCGCGAUCGCGAUCUGCAAUCCAGUUACGAUACUUUUGGUUUGUUCUGUUCGGCGCAGAAUGAGUGCUUCCUGUACGUGUGUGCACUCUCCCGUCCUUGGAGCCAUGUCAGCGAGACAACAUCCCUUCCUUUAAAUGUACCCCUAUCCUCCCUUAAUCUCCCUCUAACUCCUUUUACUCUCCUUUCUCUCUCUAGUUGGAUAAGUUGAGAAUGUAGCAAAAAAAAGAGUAAAGUUCUGUUUUUGCACCCCACUACAAUCCCCCUGUCCUACUGAGAGUGUUGUAUAUCGAUAUAUGCAGUAAAUUUAUAUUUAGAGAUAAAUAUAAAACUCCAAUCGGCUGUAUGGUUUUA